AUGCAGGCCCUCGGCACGGUCGACGCGCGUGUCGACUUUAUCAACAAACUCCGCAGGUUCUCAUCCUCCUCCUCCUCCUCCUCGCCGGCAUGGCCACCCCCUCUCCCCCCACUCACGACCCCCGAGAUCGAAAGCCGCGUGUUCACACACCGCUCCGCGUCCAAAGACAAAUCAAAAACCUACGACAGGCUCGAAUACCUCGGCGACUCGUUCAUCCACUACGCCAUCACCCGCAUCACAUACCUCUUCUUCCCCUCCGCCGACGAAGGCGCGCUCUCCGAGCUCCGCAACGAGCUCGUGUCAAACUCCCGCCUCGCUUCGUACGCUGAACUUUACGCGCUCGACUCGCGGCUCGUCACGGCCGCUAGCGCAGCGAGACCGACGUCGCAGAUGGCGAAAGUCCGCGCGGAUUUGUUCGAGGCGUAUAUCGGCGGCAUCCUCCACGACGAUCCUAUUGAUGGCGCAGAGAUUGCGGAGAGUUUUCUUCGAGACCUUUUCGCGCCCGCGUUGCUCACGAUCGAGCGCGCGAAUAUCCGCGCGGGGAAAAUCGACAAUAAAGCAAAAGAUAAACUAUACGACCUCGUCGGCGGCAAGUACCAAGCCAUAGCCUACCUCGACAUCCCCUCCUCCUCCUCCUCCUCCUCCGCUGCUUCUGGCGCCAACGGCGACGCACGCACGGCAACGUCUGGGUUUGCGGUGAAAUGCGUUGUCGGGAAUGAGGAGAUCGGGAGCGGGUGGGCUAUGAACCGGGCGGAUGCGCAGGCGCGGGCGGCGAUGAGCGCGCUGAGGAGUCCGUCGGUGGUGGGGAAGUAUCGGCGGCAGAAGGUUGCUAAUCUGAGCAGGCAUGAUCGGGAGGCUAAGCUUAUUGCGGAGAGACAAUGAGGAUGUGU